GCGACGUUUGAAUAUCAGCCUGUUGUAGUUAAAGACGCUGGUCGUACUAAAAGAGCUGAAACGACAUUCAAAUUGGUCAUAUCUUUCACAGCACUCUUCAUCUCAGACACCAUGCGUCCUACUCCUGAUACAUCUGCCCACCGUCGGAAGGGCACAACCCCUCGCCGUCGUGUUUCGGGGCCGUCUACGUCCACUUCUACACCCAAGUCCCCUAAGAAAAGGGCUCCAGAGAGGCCUCUUGCAUCUCCAAAAAAGAGAAGGUUCAGACCAGGAACCAGGGCCUUGAUGGAGAUCCGUAAAUACCAGAAGAGCACCGAUCUCCUGAUCCACAAAAAACCCUUCUCCCGCCUGGUCCGGGAAAUUUGCCAACAACUUUCCAGGGAACAACUGCGAUGGCAGGUCUAUGCUCUUAUGGCCCUGCAGGAGGCUGCAGAGGCCUUCAUGGUUUUGCUGUUUUCAGACGCCAACCUGUGUGCCAUCCAUGCGAAAAGGGUCACCCUCUUUCCACGGGACAUUCAACUGGCCAGAAGGAUUCGGGGAGUGGAUAAUUUGUAAAAACCGUUCCUGAAGGACAAAGAUUCGUUACAUAAUCUUUAUUCCAUGAAACAGUUUGUGUACAUAUUGUUGUAAGUGAACUUAUUUUGUUUUUGUUUUAAUUGUAUUUAAUUGUUCCGUUACAUGUAUGCUACAUUUGUAUAUUUUACUUUGCACAGAAUUUCUCAAAGUUCAUAA